AGGUACUGACGCAUCACAUAUGAUUAUGUUCGUUUUGUUUACCUUUGGGUGAUUUCAGUAUUUGUUUAAAUGUUCAUUUACUUCGUUUUUCCAUUAGUUAGGCAAUAUAUCAGUCUGUACAUUUCUAUGAACAAAAAUGUUGUCAGCCAGGUAUUACAUUAAAAUGUCACAAUUAAGGCACUUGCCGGCUUUAGGACGACACUUUUCCCUUACAAAGACAAGUUUUGAAAAUCAUAGCUGUAAGGUACUGGUGGUUGGUGGAGGUACUGGAGGAUGUGCAGUUACAGCUAAACUCUCCCGUAAAUUAAAAAAAACAGAUUUAAUUGUAUUAGAGCCUAGCGAAGAGCAUUAUUAUCAGCCACUUUUCACCCUUAUUGGGGCUGGAAUAGAAAACAUUGAAACAGCUAGGAAAAGUGAGAGAGCAUGUCUCACGAAAAAUUGUACCUGGUUGAAGGAUCAGGCAGCCGAGUUUGACUUAAAUAGGAAUAUAGUAAAAACAGUUCAAGGACACCAAAUCGAGUAUGAUUAUCUUAUUGUAUCUACUGGGAUUAUUCCAAGAUAUGAGAAGAUUCCUGGACUUUUGGAUGCCUUAAAAGACCGAUCGUCUGGUGUGUGCUCGAUAUAUUUGCCGAAAUAUGUAGAAAAUGUUUAUCCCACAAUGCAGAGGCUUAAUUCUGGAAAUGCGAUAUUUACAUUUCCAAAUUCACCAGUGAAAUGCCCAGGAGCACCUCAGAAAAUUUGUUACCUUACUGAAGAUUAUCUUAGACGGGAAAAUAAGCGAUCUAAAGUAAAUGUUAUAUACAAUACCUCCUUACCAGUUAUUUUUGGUGUUAAGAAAUAUGCAGAUGCCCUAUGGAAAGUUUGCAAAAGUAGAAAUAUCGCGGUAAACACGAGGACAAAUCUGGUGUCCAUAGAUCCAGUGAAAAAAGAGGCAGUUUUUGAGAAUUUGGACAAGCCCGAAGUCAAAACUAUUUUACCGUAUUCAAUGCUUCACGUUACCCCACCAAUGUCUACUGAUGAAUCAAUCAGUAACAAUAAGGAAUUAACAAAUAGCGCUGGAUUUGUAGAAGUUAAUAAAACAUCCUUGCAGCACGUACGAUUUCCAAACGUUUUUGCCAUUGGUGAUUGCAGCUCAUCGCCGAAUUCAAAAACCGCUGCUGCAGCUGCUGCUCAAGUAGAAGUGGUCUUUGAAAACCUCCAAGCAGUAAUAAAUGGUCAAAAACCAUUAGCAACAUAUGAUGGCUACGCUUCAUGUCCGCUAGUUACUGGAUAUGAUAAAUGUAUUUUGGCUGAGUUCGAUUACGACCUUAAUCCACUGGAAACAUUCCCAUUUAGUCAAGAUAAAGAGCGUUUAUCGAUGUACUUGUUGAAGAAGAAUAUAAUCCCGGCUAUAUAUUGGAGUUUGAUGAUGAACGGGCUUUGGAACGGACCCGCUAUGUUUAGAAAAAUCAUGCACCUUGGAAGAGAUAAGUGACUUCUUUAAUUUUAUUCAUUUAACUUCUAUAUAACCUUAUUUUGCGUAUUAUUACAAUGGUUUUCAACCUAAAAAUUACAUGUUCUGGCCCUUUCUUAAACUUUUAUUUUCAAACAGAGAUGCUUUUUUAAAAAUUACACACACGCAGUUAUUGUAUUUAAUAUACAAUGUAUAGAAAUAUUAUAGUUGUGUGUUAUAAAUAAAAUCAAUGUUUCCGGAAA